AUGGACCAAGCGAACUCCUCGCCUUUCACUGUCGAAAUUGAGCAGGCGGCUCCCCUGAAGCGGUUCUCGACGCCUUUGUUUACGCUCUUCAAUGGAGACUCCGAUCCCGAGAGCUGCCUAAAACACUUCAAAAGUGUCAUGAUCCUCCACAAGGCCGACAACGCAUUGAUGUGCAAGGUGUUUGUGAUGACCCUACGGGGAGCAGCUCAAGAUUGGUUCCACACCCUACCAUCCGGGUCGAUCAGCAGCUUCAAGGAGCUGGCAUACGUCUUCGCCAAAGAAUACACAUCUUACCGAACAAUCAAGAAGAACCCCGACCACUUGUUCAACAUACGCAAGAAGUCCGACGAAUCCCUUCGAGACUACAUCAAGAGAUUCAAAGCAGAAAAGGCCAACAUCGUAGGAUGUGACGACCAGAUCGCCUCCUCUGCUUUCAAGAAAGGCCUUCCAGCUGAACACGACGUAUACCGCGAGCUGACUAUCGCUCCCAGCCAGACUCUGGCAGAGGUCCUCGCAAUCGUGGAACACUAG